GUUCCUGUGACGUAAUCAGUUUGCGCCGGCUCUCAGAAACUUUUGCUGUGUAAUCCAUACAGGCGAGGCAAAGAGAAGGCUCCUAAUUUGUUUUAUAUAAAUAUUCUAGGUUGAAGAAGUUCAACAGAAUGGAAUAUCUAAUUGGGAUACAGGGACCAGAUUUUGUUCUCGUCGCCGCUGACAAUGUUGCCGCGAGCAGCAUCAUUCAGAUGAAACACGACUAUGACAAGAUGUUUAAGCUCAGUGAGAAGAUUUUGCUGCUGUGUGUGGGAGAAGCUGGAGACACGGUGCAGUUUGCAGAGUACAUCCAGAAGAAUGUGCAGCUCUACAAAAUGAGGAACGGUUAUGAGCUCAGUCCGGCAGCAGCAGCAAACUUCACACGAAAGAAUCUUGCAGACUAUCUUCGGAGCAGGACUCCAUACCACGUGAACCUGUUGCUGGCGGGCUAUGAUGACACAGACGGCCCUGGUCUCUACUACAUGGACUACCUGUCUUCCCUGGCCAAGGCCCCCUUCGCUGCCCACGGCUACGGAGCCUUCCUCACUCUUUCCAUUCUUGACCGAUACUACAGACCAGAUCUGACUCGGGAUGAAGCCAUAGAUCUGCUGAAGAAGUGCAUUGAGGAACUCAACAAACGUUUCAUCCUGAAUCUCCCCUCCUUUACCGUCCGUUUGAUUGACAAGGAGGGCAUCCAUGACCUGGAGAAGCUCACCCUCGGCGCCAAGUGACCGCACUGCGUAACUUCCAACCAUCAUGCCCUCGUUUCUUUCCCUCUAUUUUUUUUUUUUGUGUACCAGUGACCUCCUGCUUUUUCUGUUCCAAUAAAAAGUGACACACAGUUGAGAUACAA